AUGUCAUACGAAAUCGUUUUCAAAGAGGGACUGCCGUUCGAUUGCGUUUGCCCAAUCUGCGAACAGGCGUUACGUGCUCCUCUCGUGACCAAAUGUGGACACAAUUUCUGCAAACAGUGCGUCAACACUAGCAGUGGUUCUUUGCGUUGUCCUGUAUGUCAGACAGAGAUUACCACCGAUUCGCUCAAAUCCGACAAGAAAAAGCAUCGCCAGGUGCAAGCACUACUCGUCAAAUGCCCGUUUGUCUCUGGUGGAUGCGAAUGGAGUGGACCUCUUAAGGAUAUGCAGAAGCAUGCUGAGACGUGCGAAUACCAUAAUGUCUUAUGCACUAACGGAUGUGGAAAGAUGAUUCCAGAAAAAGAAAUGACCGCACAUUUGGCACAGUGUCAAAAGAACGUUGGAAAAUGCACAUACUGCAAUCUAGCUGUCAAAACUUCCAGCAUGGAAAAGCACUUGAAGAUCUGUCCCCGAAUGAUCGUCAGUUGUCCAUUCCAGUGCGGACUCACGGAUCGUCCGAGAGAAGAGAUUGAACAGCAUCGAGCCAGCUGUCCCAACGUCGACAAUGCCUGUCCAUUUGCUGAACUUGGGUGUGACUACAUCGGUGACAGAACAACCGUUCAACAUCAUCUUUCCGAAGAGCCCAUACGCCAUUUGAUGUACUCAGUGACUAAAAGGUUACUGAAGCUGAAGAGCUACCAUAUCUCGGCACAUUCUGAGAAAAUGGCUGUGGACAGCAAAUUCGAUGAACUAAUGAAAAGGACAACAUCUGCUGCUAAAAUGUAUGGCGCACAGCUAGUGUGGAGAAUUGACAACGUUGCCCAGAAAAUUAACGAGGCUAAGGUGCAUGAACUCUUCCGUGUCCAUGCUUAUCCUAUCGUCCGCGACAUGUGUACAAUCGGAACAAGAGAGGUAAUGGACGUGUCUGCCCCAGUGAGACCGCCCUCCCACUCGCGCCCUACGCAAGCCUAUUACGUGCCGCGUCGUCUUCUGGAGGGCGGUCGCGGUCCGCAUCCGACAACUGACGGAAAACCUUCGGAGACCUUCGUCGCGGCAACGGAUGCACCGCCGAACAGCACAAAACCACGAUCCAACACUGAGGUGCGCACACCGUCAAGUAAAACCGUAGUGAAGACAUAUAUUGAACCACGUCCCCUGAUGGCCGACCUCCUUCCGAAACCCGAUUCUCUCAAGGAGAAACGUCGGCCACCACGACUCCCACAGCAGCCUGCUGUCAUAUCACAGCCAUUCAUCCGGCAACCACCUCCACCGCCACAGCCGUUUGCGCCAAGGAUCGUUAACGGACCUCGAGGACCACUUUCCAGACCAAACGCAUUCUGUCCAUUGCCGCCUCCGCAAAAAGAUAUGUGCAUCUGUGAUCGUCCAAAUACGCAUGUGAUUUGUAAGCGGGAAUACACUAAACAGGUUGAGUACUCAGCAAUAGAUGAGGAAACUUAUCAGAAAUGCAGAUCAGCCACAGCACUUUUACAAAGUAGCAUAAGGCAAAUAAAAGAAGCAAGAGAAAACCUCCAAGAAUUAUAUAACGAGGUUAGAGAUGAGUAUAAAAACUGCAAAAACAAGUCCGAAAGGAAGGAUUUGAUGAUUGAAAUUGAACAAAUAGAGGAUGAAUCGCAGCUACAAUCUGCGAUAGCUGAAGCAAACGACCUAACAUUCAUGCUAACAGCGCGCCUUGAUGAAACAAAAAAUAUGCGCGAAAAUAUGGAAAUCAAACUGGGAUACAUGUCCCUAAAGCCCCAAAGAGACAAUAAUGUCAACAAUGAAGAAAACGAAGAAGGGGAUGGUGAAAUUGAUAAUACAAACGAAAAUUGCGUGAGAGACACCACAAUGCCAUCUUGCUCGCAAGACACAUCAAAUUCAGCAUCCACAUGCAAUAGUGGCACAGCCAAAAGGACGCUGAGGUCAAUAAAACCUCCACAAGCCACACUACCAAAAUUUUACGGGAAUUCUGACGACUUCCCAGAAUACUGGGCCAUUUUUGAAGCCCUUGUCCAUAACAGUGAAGAACUGGACAUUAUGGAAAAGAUACUCCUACUCAAAGAAAGUUUAAAGGGUCGAGCGCAAACAGCCAUCAAAGGGAUAAAACUCAUUCCUGAAAAUUACAAUUGGUUGAUCAAAACUUUACAGGAGAAUUACUCCAAUCACCAGUGUAAUAGAUCACAAAUAGUCAAAAAAUUGGUCAGUAUGAGUGUGGCAAACAAUUCCGCAGACAUCUGCUCUGCAACAUUUGAUCAAAUAAGAAUGCUGACCAACCAAAUGAUUUCUGCAGGAUAUCAUGUAGGGAAAACCUGCGACCCAAUGUGGUGUGAAACAAUCUUAUCUAAAUUCCCUGAAGACAUCAUAAAAUCUGUAUUAGUGGCCAGUCAAUCACAAGACCGGCAAACAGUUGAUGACCUCAUGAAUCUCUUAAAAACAGAGAUCACUGCAAAAGCCUACGUCGAAAGCAGACUUGGCCAUAAACAUAUCAACAAGGCCAUCCCAUCAAAGACCAAUCAUGACAACUUAAGGACUAAUCGUAACUGCUUGUUCUGUCAUAAGGACAAUCAUGUAUCAAUGCAGUGCCGAACGGUCACGGAUCAAAGCAUUCGCCGCAAGAUGCUUAAGGAGCAGAAUCGCUGUUGGAAAUGUUGCUCCCCUAAUCAUAGCAGCUUUGAUUGUCAAAGAUCAGACUGUCUAAAGUGCGGACAAAAACACCAUAUGAGCCUCUGCUUUAAGACAGAGCAACUCAGCCAAAACAACAGCUCGAAACCCAAAUUUGUUCGUGUUGGCCAAAACCAGCAAAGGCAACACAGCUGGCAAAAUAGAGAAGAAAACAAUCGAAAUAUUCCACAAAGGUUCAAACCAAUAAACACUCAGGUGUCUGUGGAACCCCCACAGAUCAAGGAAAACUCCAUUCAGCACAGUCAAACUAGCAAACAACUAAUAUUAAUGACUGCUGAAGGCAAUAUUUGGAAUGCCAGAAAACAGACAUAUGAAAAAGUGCUAUUUUUCUUCGAUUCUGGGGCACAAAAAACAGUAAUCGAAGAAAAUCUUGCACAACAGCUCGGUCUACCCAAGAACACGACCGAAAUCUGCACCAUGUCCGGAAUUGGUGGCCAUAUCGAGUGCUUCGAAAGUCAUAAGGUUCCGGUAAAACUAGGAACUGCUUUCGGAGAAGAAAUUUGCAUGACCAUACAGACCAAACCAGUCAUAACAAACGGAUUCCCUUCAGUGAAAUUGAACACAGAAGAUAUUGAGUUCUUGAAAACAAACACUAUCUGUCUAGCAAAUUCAAAGCUUCGUGGUGAACAUCAAAAUCCACACAUUCUCGUUGGACUGGACUACUACCACGAUUUAGUUACGGAUCCAGCAAACGGAAUCCGAACACCAUCUGGCUUUCAUAUAGCAAAAACGGUUUUUGGACCCACAAUUUAUGGUCGAGGAAUCAGCAAAGUAAGUGAAACCGCUAACACAGUAUGUCACAGCCUGACAGGAAUUUCCGAAAACACGGAACAAGAACUCUUACAAAAAAUGUUUGAGUUGGACGGCCUCGGUAUCAUGCCGGAAGAAACCCAGGGAGACGAAAAAGUUCAAAGAUAUUUCGAGGAAUACUCGAAAUUGAUCUCAUUUGAAAACAACAUCAUCACAGCUCCCUUUCCGCUGAAAGAAAAUGUAAUCCAGUUGGAAAAUAACUACUCAGUAGCUAUAAGAAGGCUAGAAUCCUUACAAAACAUCCUCUUAUGUAAUCCUGAACAAAAGCAAUGGUACUGCGAUCUCGUGAACAAAUAUGUCAGUGAAGGGAUCGUAGAGACCUUCGACACAGCAGACCGUUAUGCGGCUGGAAUAUAUUAUAUGCCACAUACAGGGGUAUGGAAACCACAGAAAAAGGUCCCUUUAAGGAUAGUCUUUGAUGCUUCGUCUAAACGAAGAGGCCACCUCAGCCUGAACGACGUCAUUCGAAAAGGGGAAUCCUUCGUUAACAGAAUACACGACAUUCUUACCUCCUCAAGGUUCACGAAGAUCGUCUUAAUGUGUGACAUUGAAUCCGCCUUCACACAAAUUCGACUGGUAGACGCACACAAGGAUCUAUGCAGAUUCUUGUGGCUUCGGAAUGUCAAUCACCCACCAACAAAAGACAACGUCGUCGAAUAUAGAUUUAGAAGGUUGCCUUUUGGCGUUACAGCUUGUCCGAGUAUACUAAACAUGGCGAUUCUGUCCUACUUGGAAUCCCAAAACUCGGAACUAUCCACAGAAAUUGCCGAAAAUUUGUAUGUGGAUAAUAUACUUUUGCAAGCAGAAUCGGUUCCUGAAGCUGUAAGAAAGUACAAGGAAUCAAAGUAUCUCUUCAGCAAGAUAGGGAUGAAUCUACGCGAGUAUAUCUCAAAUUCUGAAGAAGUAAAUUCAAGAAUUCCAUAUUCCGACAAACUCCAAUCUGGAUCAAUGAAAAUACUAGGAGUUGAUUACAAUACUAUAACAGACAACUUUACUGUGAGAACAAAGUUUGUUCACAAUAAAAAAUUAACUAAGAGAGAUGUCGUGAGCCAAAUUAAUUCCAUUUACGACCCAAUAGGUCUCACAGGACCGCUCAUGGUUAAACUGAAGUCCAUGAUGCGAGAAAUCUUCGAUUCAAAAGUGGACUGGAAAACUCCGCUCGAUCAAAAGAUAUGCGACGAAUGGUACAAAUUGUGUAAAGAAGUAGAUCUAGCAACAUUAUCAAUUCCUAGAUGCAAGCAGGAUUGCAAUCGCAGCUUGUUCAUACUUACAAUGUGUCCCCUCUGGCACAAUUUCCGGCCUGAUCUGUGGAAGGACGCGAUUGACCCCAAAAAGUUACAUCAGACUAUCCCAAAAUUAGAGUUGCUCGGAAUCCUUAUAGCAGCCAGAUUAGGAUGCAGCAUAUUAUCAGCUGUCCAAGCAAAAAUCGAAGAAGUGAACAUAGUUUCGGACAGUGAAAUUGCCUUGUACUGGAUCAAAUCUUCAAAAAAAGUUCCUGUUUUCGUGGCAAAUCAGCGAGCAAAAAUACUUAGUAUUAAACAGCAGCUCGAUAAUCGUGGUGCUACGGUCAAAUUUUUCCAUGUUAGCACCGAAAACAAUCCAGCUGAUGCUGGAACGAGAGGUCUGACAGCACAAGAAAUUAUCGAGAACGACUGGAUCAAAGGACCACGCUGGCUAGAAAAUCACUGCAGCGAGUGGCCUAUCAAGUCGAUAAACACACUAUCUGACGUCCAUGAGAAUGACGAAAUAGAAACAAUGGUUACUACUACAUUGAAAGUAACCACGUCAGAAAACAAACAACAAGAACAGCUUAUUGAUCUCAAGCGUUUUUCGAAAAUCGACAACGUGCUACGUGUGCUAGCAAAGACUGCAAAAACAAUGAAAAAAUUGGGUUGCAAAAACCAAUCAAAAUCGCUCGUCACCGAUAAAAGUAUCAGAAGUCGACAAAUUUGA